AAAUAAAAAUACUUAAUAAAAUAAAAAAGAUCAAAUUAAAUGGUACUAAACUAUAAGGCGGAGGUGCAAAUUUCUCUACUUUCUUGCAGUAGACCUGCAAUGCUGCUUGCUAAGCAGGGCGCGCAGACAAACGAAAACCUAAAAUCGGGCCCGCAAAAAUUGAACUUCACCUCCGUUGCUAUCAGAUUCACAUCCUCUCGACCUCCUCAUCGUAUCGGACUAGGCAGUUCCUUCUUCACUGCUUUGGGGGUUCCCACUUCCCACCUGUAAGGUUAUUUGGAUAGAGUUAUCCAGUAUUGCAUGUCCAUUUGCUUGAUUAUGCUAGUUUAAUUUCUGGGUAAAUGUACAAUUGAUGUUGAGAGGUCAGUCUUUUUCUUUUUCAUCAUUUUGACAACUUUUGAACUUUGAAACUAUUUCUACUUAACUUGAAUAAGAACAUCUUUUAUCUUUUGUCUCAAAAUCUGGUAUGGAUUUCCAUUGUCUCGGGAGAGCUGUUUCUGAAGCUUACAGGGUAUCAGAUAUGUAUUGUCUGCCCCACCCACACCCAACCUGAGUCAUGUCUUUUAAGUACAGUACUCCAUUGUUCUUUUGGUGCUUUUUACUGUUUAUACUUUAUGUCGGACACCACAACUUUUGCUG